AAUAUUAUGUUGGGAAAUUUGAGUGUAUAAAUAUGCAGAACAACAACUAGCCAGUUGCCUGCAUAAGAUCUCAACGAGACCUACAUCAUAUAAAAGCAUGUAGGCUAAGGAAAAUAUGGGUGAUUUAAUACUCUAUUAAGUAGAUAGGUCUUUAAGGCUUAAAACAAAUAAAAUAAGUAGAUUGUUGCCUUAAAAAAAAUAAAGCAAGAGAAAGAGGCCAAUGGAGUAAUAGUGUUUAAGUAAUUAGUUUCCACGAACGGCAAUGAGAGAAAUUCAUUUACUUUAAUAAUUGAAGCAUGAAAAUAUAGUGAGUUUUCAAGAAGUUGUCGUAUAAGCUAGUAAGGAAAAAGCAGUAAUUAUGGUAGAAAACACUUAUUUAGUCCUGGAAUAUAUGGACACAGACUUGCAUAAUGUUUUGUAGAGCCGAAUAGUAUUUAGUUUAGAUUAAGUUCGAUGUUUGAUGUUUUAAAUACUUAAUGCUUUAUCAUAUUUACAUUCUAGGAAUGUAUACCAUAGGGAUUUGAAGCGUAUCCACAACUAUAUUUUAAAGCUAAUAAUAUACUAUAUAACGAUAAGGGAUAAGUAAAGAUUUGCGAUUUUGGAAUGGCCAAUGAAUUUUCAAAAAUGAGACCAUAAACAAAGAGAAUAUUGGUACCCCAAUAUAGAGCACCUGAAAUAUAUCUGGGCGGCGUAUUUUGCUUAGUAUUUAACAAGAAUAGCAAUAUGAUUGUUCUGUUGAUGUAUGGUCAGCUGGAAUCCUUUUUCUUGAGUUAAUUGUAAAGCAAAGUCCAUUUAUGUUGGCAAAAUCAGAAUCUCAAUGUUUUUCUAAAAUAAUUGAUAUAUGUGGAACUCCAUUGGAAGGUUAGAAUUUUAUUUUUUCUUUUAUGGUGAUUGGUCAGAGGUGAGUUCACUUCCACAUUACCAUGACUUUAUAAAUGGACCCAAAGAAAGAACAUUGAGAAAGUACUUGUA